AUGAUUGGUUUUGAAUGCUUGAAUCUCAUUAAAAGACACAAAAGGGGCAAAAAAGGAUUCGUGGCUCUCAAAGCUGAUAUGGCUAAGGCUUAUGACAAAAUUGAGUGGGGUUUCAUUGAAGGAACGAUGAAGCGGCUGGGUUUUCUUGAGUUAUGGGUUAAUCUAGUACAUAUAUCUCUUCGGUACGAUAGUCCAUUAAUGUCAAUGGGAAUUUGGCUUCAUGGGUUGCCUUGUGGGAGAUGGGGCCCGAUGGUUUCUCACUUGUUAUUUGCUGAUGAUAGUUUCUUCUUCCUCAAAGCUUCAAAGGAGAGUUGUGCUAGAUUCAGAGAAAUUAUGGGUUGUUAUGAACGUGCUUCAGGUCAGUUGCUCAGUCUUUCCAAGUCUUCUGUUUGCUUUUCUUCGGGUGUCUCUCGAGGUGAUGGUAGAAAUGUUAACAUAAAAUCUCGCGUAUGGAUUCCUAAAAGGUCUGCUGCUCUUACUUAUUCUUUUGGUGGCCAUCAUGUGAUAACCAUGGUUAGUGAUUUCAUUCAUGAGAAUGGGGAGUGGAAAGGAGUUUUGGGAUGGGCUUCCGAGUACACAAAGAAUUUUCAGGCAGCUAAUGCAAAGAAGUCUCGAUUUGUUGCGUGUCCCGUUCCACCUAUUCUGUGCUCGAUUGUUCCUCCAUGGGUGCCACUUGAUAGUAGUCAGCUGAAACAGAAUGCUGAUGCGGGAGUUUAA